AUGCCUAAACGCUCUGCUAGAAUACAAAACAAAACUUCACAGACAACUCCUCCAGCUCAUACUGGAAACAACAAGGUCACCAAGCCAACCAAAGGCAAGGUUAUUAUGGUUGAAAAACCUAUUCAACAAACCUCCAAAGUCAUUUUAGACAAAGGAAAAGAAAAUCAAUUUGAAAUUCAAGACAGCGGUUUGUCAACUAAAACCACUGAUAACACCUCUCCUCCUCUUUUGAACUUUCAACCUGAGGCUGCGCCACACACUCUCAAAGAUAAAGAUGAAAGCUCAUCCCCAGAUAUAUCAAUGGAGGAUUUAACUGAUCAAGAACAAGCUCCCCUGAUUGUUCAUAUUACACGUCAAACAGAACAUAUGGCUGGUGUCCCCUUUGACAAAAUUAAGGGGAAAACUGCAAAAGAAAAGACAAAGAACUUAGACAAAUUAUUUGCGUCGUUUGUGUCUUACUCAGGAACUCAUGUUAGAGUUAACAAAAAAGUCAAAUACUUGGUUGUUAAUUUUAUAAAUGAGGAAGAUUUGCAGAAGGCGAUACAACAGGAAAUUAAAGUUUCUGACACAGAAAAGAUCUACUGCAUCAAGUGGGACGAAAUUAAACCCCCCACUCCAGAAGAGGAAAAACACAAUUUAUCAUAA